AAAUCUCAGUCAUCAUCUUGUGUUUACAUCUAGUUCCGCGAAUAUUAGGGGAUACUGAAAGUAUUUUUUUUUUUUAAAUUUAGCAACAAGCAAGCGUACUAAGUACAUUGCUUUAAUUUAUUUUUUAUUAGUAGAUAAUACAAUACGCAGAUUAUCGUCUUUAUUAUUGUAGUAUGUGCUGAAGGUUCUCUGUUCUUUCUUUGCUCAAGUUUCAUCAGUGUACAUCAUUGUCCCUUGCUUCUUAUCUGAUUAGUUCUAUAUAAUAACUAUUAUCAUGGAUGUCUUUCUGAUGAUACGGCGUAAGAAUCUCACAAUUUUCACCGAUGCUAAAGAUAAUACGACAGUUUUAGAAUUGAAAAGGAUUUUGGAAGGUAUUCUAAAAGUGCCGCCCUCAAGUCAGCGAUUGUAUGAUAAGAAUGUGCAUGUGAUGGAAGACUCAAAAACUUUGCAAGACUACGGUCUCACCUCUAGUGUUGCAAAAGCUCAGUGCCCGGCUGCACUGGGCCUAGCCUUAAAAGGGGACGAUGGUGAGUUUGAAACGUUCGAUCUAACACCAUACUCGGCCCCGCCAGAUUUGCCUUACGUGAUGAAAAUCCAACCAACUGGAGCUGAGCAGUCGGAGUAAUACUUUCCCAAGGAGCAACUCCAUCUAAAAACUGCAUGCAAGGAUAGUGUAACACCUUCUAAUCUACUCAGUAAUCAGUUAUAAUCCUAUAAUCAUCAUCCAAUUGCGUGCA